UGUACACAUGGCGGGCAGUGGGGCGAGUGUGGCAGGGUCUCAACUAGUACUUGAUGAGGCUUGGUGCGCUGUCGUUGACCAAUGAGAACAGCGCACGAGAGCAUGGAUGGGCCGUAGGAUGCGCGUCACUCCGGCGCUUUACUUAUUGCUGCUGAUCUAUACACGUGUCUACACUUUCAUUCCUGGCGUUGACGGACCAGUAUCCCAACAGGAAGCCUUGGAGGGCGGCAACACAACCCUACACUGUGACUCAACCGCCGACACAUCCGGUGAUGAACUCAUGUUGCUUGUAUGGUACAAGAACAACGCACCUAUAUUUAGUUUCGACGCGCGAAUAGAGACUGAAUGGUCGAAUGAAGUCUUCAACACGAGUGGAAGAUUAAAAGCAGACGUAGUGAGCCAGCCCACAGCCCUCACAAUAUCGACCUUGACCCAGGACGACCAAGCUUUAUAUCACUGCCGUGUCGACUUCCUUAUUUCGCAGACCAGGAACAUUGGCGUCAAUUUAACUGUCACAGUGCUCCCCAGUAAGCCGUUUUUCUUGGACGAAGUGGGCAAUAAAGUGGAGGACAGAAUUGGUCCUUACCACGAAGGAGACACUUUAGUACUCAGCUGUCUCGUCAUAGGAGGCAGUCCGCCACCACGAAUCAGCUGGUACUCUGGCAACACCCUGGUUGAUGCUUCCGACGGUGCUAGCGAUAUACCCAGCGUAAAAGAGAACGUGCUCUACCUCCCUCUCAAUAGAGACACACCCGCCGAUCUGUUCUGCAAAGCAUCUAACACUGAACUGGCGCCACCGUCAGAGGCAUCUGUACACAUUGAGAUAUAUGUUUCAGCUCAGAACGUGUCGAUUCAGUGGGUACAUGGAGCAGUAAAGCACACGCUCCGAUCCGGCAAGCCGGCUGUAGCGCAGUGCACCGUCCAAGGUUCCUAUCCGCAGCCAGUCCUGGAGUGGUGGUUGGACCAUCAGCAUCUCACCAAACAUAGUAAUCAGAGUUGGAACAAUUUGACCCGUACAUCAAUUUCUUAUUUGGAGCUGAUACCGUCUGUGGCCGAGAAUGGUGCGACUCUCGCUUGCGUAGCCACUAACGCCGCCAUGGCGCCCAGCCGGGGCUCCAAAGCUGACGUCAUCAAACUUAACGUUACCUAUAGCCCCAUAGUAGAAAUUGCCAAAUUAGGUGAUGGGGACCUAAGUGAUGUAGCUGAAUUGGACCCUUUAAAUUUAGAAUGUGAAGUCCAAGCGAACCCACCUGUUAAUAAAUUUAUAUGGUAUCAUAAUGAUAGUGAAAUAACUCCUGGUUAUAUAUGGGGCAGUAAUGUACAUUCUCACAAGUUACUGGUAGAAGAGGUGUCCAGAAAACAUUCUGGGAUGUACACCUGCGGCGCCAGCAACACGGUCGGCGAGACGAGAGCUGAACCACUUAGCAUCACUGUCUACUAUCCACCUGAAUGCAUAGGAUCAGGCAUCAGCCUCGUCAAGGAGAGCAUAAAAUGCAACGUACAUGGCCUACCUUCGCCGGACACCUAUUUCUGGCACGUGCAACCAGCCGGCAUGGAUGUACAGCAUCUCACCACCGGAUCGCCUAUACUCCCUCUCUCUCAGAUCAACGAACCCCUCUCUGGAACAGUGAAAGCGAGUUGCGAGGCGGGUAAUGGUAUAGCUUCCCAAUACGAGGUUUGCGAGAGAAUCUUCAGCCUGGAAUCACUUCGGCCACCACAACCCAACCAGUGCGACUUAGCUUAUGAGUAUGGCGAGUUUCAAAUGAGGUGUAUUCCUGUGGAGAAUGCUACGUACUACGAAAUAUCUGUAUGGCGCAUGUCUACAUCCAAUUCCUCGCUAUAUCUCGAGCGACGUGGUUCCAUUGGUUUUGGGACACGGCAGGCAUUAGCUCAAGGAGGUAUAGACGGCGCUCCUGGAAGCAUAGCGCCAACGUGGUUGGUUCGGGGAGCCCUAGGCGCCCUACGGCCCGCAGACGAAGCUGGAGCCGCAGCAUGCAACAGAUACGGAUGUUCAGCCCCUCUGCUGCUGAGACCUACGGAGAAUUUAUUGCUAGCAGCCGAACCACCAUGGUGGCAUUUUAUACUAGAUAAAGAUGUGGGCAUAUCUCUGGGUGCGGUGGUAUUGGUAGUCGUGUUCGUGGUGUCGACGGUGCUGGUGGUGAGGCUGGCCAGGAGGCCGCGGGGCAAGCCGCCACCCGUCAUACAAGUGCUGCAAUUAGACGACCUCACCAGGAACUACCUCGACACUAUGGCAGAGAACAAAGUACGCGCAUCAUGCAGUCUUCGUUCUUGCAGUAGCGGCUACUCGGACGGGUCAGCUUUAGACGAGGCAGCGCCAUCUGUGGACCGCCGCCGGAAACCUCCAGCCAUUUGGGAACAGUGGGAUGCCCCUCCUCCUGACGUCACGCUCACCCUACAUAGGAAAGUGCCGUGUGAACAGUUGUUUGUGACGAACGCAAUCGAAAUCAGAGAUUGCGAAUUCGAGUUCUAG